GCGGACAAGAGGACAGCAACUGUGGCCAAGGGCCCCACGUCACCCUCUGGCUGCCAUGGACGUGCCCUGGUCCAUGGGCUUGAUCCUGCUCCUCUUGGGGAUCCCCUUCACCCACACGGAGCCACUGUAUAUCCUGGUGACCCCGCGAGUCCUGCGGGUCGGCAGCCCAGAGAACAUCCACGUGCAGGCUCACUCGGACUCCUCGCAGUCCCUCAGUGGGUUCCUUAAGGUGAACCUCACCGUGUGGGACUUCCCCAUGAAGAAGACGAUGGUGGCGAAGGGCCAGGUCAUUCUCUCACAGGAAAACAACUUUAUGAGUCAGACACCCGUGACGAUCCCCGAGAGCCUGGUAUACCCCCCACAUGCUGGGCAGCAGUAUGUCAUCAUCCAGGCAACCUGGGCCCCCACCUCCACAUCCUCAUUCAUGGAGAAGCUUGUGCUGGUGGUUCCGCACGCUGGCUACAUCUUCAUCCAGACAGACAAGACCAUCUACACCCCUGAUCACUUCGUUCAAUACCGGGUGUUCACGCUGAACCACAGGAUGGAUCCUGUGAACAGGACGUUCACUCUAGACAUCAAGAACCCAGAAGGGAUCACUGUGAGCAGCCAGGACCUGUUAGCCAAGGACGGUAUCUUCUCAAGCUCGUUCCACCUCCCAGAGCUCAUCAGUUUUGGGACAUGGAGCAUCGAAGCCAGUUACCAAAGUGCGAGCAAGCAGAAGUUCAAAGCAGCCUUUGAUGUGAAGGAGUACGUGCUCCCAUCUUUCGACGUCCGGCUGGUCCCAAACAAGAAAUUCUUCUACCUCGGUGAUGAAGCUCUGAAUGUGGACAUCCAGGCCUGGUAUGUAUUCAACAAGCCGGUGGACGGGCACGCCCUGGCCAUCUUCGGGGUGAAGCACGAUUCCCGCCGGAUCUCCAUUGAAAGCUCCCUGCAGAGGGUGGAGAUCUCUAGAGGCCAAGGCCACGUCUCCCUCCAGAAGGACAAACUGAUGGCCGCAUUCCAAGGCCCAGAAGAGAACUUCAUAGGAGCCUCAAUCUUUGUCAACGUCACUGUGUUCUCCUCAGGGGGUGAGAUGGUCCAGGCCGAGUCCUCAGGGCUGAAGAUCGUCCGGACCCCAUUCAACAUCAAUUUCAUCAAGACACCCCAGUAUUUCAAGCCGGGGAUGCCCUUCCAUUUGAGGGUCUUCGUCUCAAAUCCUGAUGGGUCCCCAGCCUCCAAAGUCCCCGUUUGCUGUGAAGACAAAAAAGAGUUCACCUCAGACAGAGGGGUGGCCACUCUGACCAUCAACACAGACGCAAAUAUGAAGGAGCUCCCUAUCCUGGUGAAAACUGAUGCAGAUCUUCAGCCAGAAGAUCAAGCAGAAGCUAGGAUGACGGCUUGGCCUUACUCAACUCAGGAAGGGUCAGGGAACUUCUUGCACAUUGAGGUGAAGAUGUUUGACACAGAAGUUGGCAAUAACAUCCACCUGAGCCUCAACACCAGGAAUAAGGAUGACGCAACCAAGGAGCAGAUUACUCACUUCACCAUCCUGGUCCUGAGUAAGGGUCAGAUCAUCUCUGCCAAUCAUCAGGUAAGACAUCAUGGGAGUGUCUACACGUCAACCACUAUUGAUGUGACUUCAGAGAUGCUGCCUUCCUUCCGCAUCCUGGCCUUUUAUUUACUGCCCAGAGGAACAGGCCAGGACCCUGAACUGGUGGCCGAUUCCGUAAUGAUUGACGUGAACGACAGAUGCAUGGGGAUGCUGAAGGUUGGCUUGGAUAAUGAAGAUCACUUCAAUUUUUUGGAGCCCAACACCCAGGUGGACAUAAAGGUGACAGGCGAUGCAGAGGCCACAGUGGGGCUAGUGGCCGUGGACAAAGCUGUCUAUGUCAUGAACAGCAAACACAAUCUCACACAGAAGAAGGUCUGGGACGUGGUGGAGGAGCACGACAUUGGCUGCACGGCGGGCAGCGGGAAAGACAGGCUUGCCGUGUUCAAGGACGCGGGCUUGGACCUGAAGAUGAGCUCGGGGAUGGACACCCUGGCGAGCACCGACUGGCGCUGCCCCCAGAGCCCCUCUCCCAGCCGCCGCCGCCGCUCCCUGAAGAGCCUGGAGACCAAGAGGAAUGCAGUGAACAAGUUCAACACGGAGCUGAAGCGAAAGUGCUGCGAGGCUGGGCUCCGGGAGAACCCAGUGGGACUGUCGUGUGAGGAGAGGACCCGGCAUGUCCGCUACGGGCCAGACUGUGUUGCCGCUUUCCUGAGCUGCUGCCAUCUGUCCGAGACUCUGACUCGGGAGGCCCGGGAGGAUCAGCUGCUUCUGGGGACAACGGAUGAAGAGGAGGACUUUGAAGACAUCUUCAUGGAGGACCUGCCUGUCCGGACCUUGUUCCCUGAGAGCUGGCUCUGGAGGACGUUUACUCUGCCAAAAACGACAGCAGCGGGGAAGAUCUCCCAGCACAGCAUUCAUGUGAACGUGCCGGAUUCCAUGACCACGUGGCAUUUUGUGGCCAUCAGCCUCAAGGCUGGAAAAGGUCUCUGUGUCUCGAAACCCUUUGAGCUGACAGUUAGGAAAUCAUUCUUUGUGGAUCUUAAGCUGCCCUUCUCUGUGGUCAGGAAUGAGCAAGUCCAGAUCCAAGCUGUGCUGUACAAUCUUAUGAACCACAAGGUCAAGGUCCGCGUGGAGUUCCCCUACAAGGAGACACUGUGCAGCGCAUCAAAGCCGGGAGCCCCGUACCGCCAGGUGGUGGUUGUGCCGCCUGCUUCCUCCAAGAUGGUGCCUUUUGUGCUUCUCCCACUUGAGAUAGGCAAAGUGGAGGUGGAAGUCAAGGUCGUGGGCCAAGGGGCCCUGGACCACGUGAGGAAGACUCUCCUGGUCCAGGCAGGGGGGACUACAGAAAAAAUAUCCCAUAGCAUCGUCCUGAACCCCCAAGGUCAGAACCAGGUGGAACGGGUGCCAAGACAAGACCUACUGAACAAAGUGCCCAAUACAGAGGCAGAGGUGUUUGUCAGCGUCCAAGGUGACAUCCUUGGCGAGACGAUCCUCGGCAGCCUGACAGCCAGUGAAACACACAAGCUGCUGAGCCUCCCAACCGGCUGCCCUGAGCAGACGCUGAGCCUCUUGACCCCGGCCAUCAUCCUGACCCAGUAUUUAGACACUACGGGCCAGUGGGGCAAGGUUGGGGUGGAGCACAGGGCCCAAGUGAUGAAGAACAUUGUCAGCGGAUAUACCCGGAUGCUGACCCACCGGAGCGCAGACGGCACCUACCACAUCCACAAGGGGAACCCGGGAAGCACCUGGCUCACGAGCUAUGUGUUCCGCGUCUACGUGCUGGCCUCAUUCAUCAUGACCACCACUGUGAUCGACCCGCACUCUCUCUGUGACAUUGCCAAGUGGAUCAUCACCCAGAGGCAGGCAGAGGACGGGCACUUCUUGGAGAGAGGCCCCGUGAUCAUGGCGUCCAUGCAGGGUGGCUACCGAGGCUCUGAGGCUGACGUAUCCCUCACAGCUCUUGUUCUGAUUGCCCUGGAUGAAGGAAAGGAGUUGUGCCUCCAGGAGAUACCGGAUUUGAUUGCCAGCAUGGAGAGAGCCCGUGGCUUCCUCGAGAGGCGCCUCCCUGACAUUCAGAAAACCUUUUCCAUAGCCAUAGUCUCCUACGCUCUGGCUCUCACCAAGAGCCCUCGAGCCAACGACCGGCUGGACAGCUUUGCCAGCCACAAUAAAAACUACUGGCCAGUAAAGGACAAGGACAGGAUCAAGAACUCCCUGUACACCAUUGAAGCCACGGCCUAUGCGCUGAUGCAGAAGCUGAAGCUGGGUUUGCAUAAUGAGACGCACCCCAUCGCCAAGUGGCUGCUGGAGAAGCGGGAGCUGGGAGGAGGCUUCAAGUCCACCCAGACCACGGUGGUGGCCAUCGAGGCCCUCACUCGCUUUUCCAAAGCUGUCCCCUUCGAAGGUGCCCAGGACCUCCACGUCCAGAUCAGCGCCCCCAAGAGAUCCUUGAACGUGAAGUGGGUCAUCAAUCAGAACAACGCUUACCAUCAGCGGUCAGCAAAGUUUUCUGCUGAAGACGACCUAGAGAUCAAAGCCAGUGGCGUAGGGAGAGGAACCAUCUCGAUUCUGACCAUAUACCACAGAUCCCCAGAGUCCAGGGAGGACACCUGCAACCUAUAUCACCUGAAUGCUACUCUUCAAAGUGCCCUGGAAGAAAAUAAAAAGGGGGAAGAGACUUUCCAACUCCGGAUGGAAACAAGGUUCCAGGGUGACCGAGAGGCCACAAUGACCAUCAUGGAGGUUUCCCUGCUCACUGGCUUCUACCCCAACCAUGAUGACCUCAAACAGCUCACGAGCGACAUCGAGAUGUAUGCUUUCCAGUAUGAGACCAAUACGAAAUCCAGCGACAGCACCGUGGUCCUCUACCUGGAGAAGCUCUCCCACGAGGAAGACACAGUGCUGGGCUUCCGGGUCCACAGGAUGCUGCAGGCGGAGUUCCUGCAGGCCGCCCAGGUCACGGUCUACGACUACUACGAGCCUUCUCGGAGGUGCAGCUCCUUCUACAACCUGCCCACAGAGCGAUCCGACCUGCGGAAGAUCUGCCACAGAGAAGUCUGCAGAUGUGCCGAGGAACUGUGCCCGACCCUGAGGGAGAACAACAACGCGCUCAGGCAGGAGGAGCUCCAGGAGAUGGCCUGUGAGGCAGGCGUGGACUUCGUGUACAAGGCCAGACUGAAGACUGUGGAGACCUCCGCCUCCAACCCCUAUGUCUUCUACAACAUGCAGCUCCAAGCCGUCAUCAAGAGUGGCACGGAUGCUGUCUUGCGGAGCGCCAUGAAGAAGUUUGUCAUCCACGCCACCUGCCUUAACUCCCUGGACCUGCAAGAAGAAGAGUCAUACCUCAUCAUGGGCCACACAUCAGACCUGUGGAGAGUCAACUUGGAUUACUACUAUGUCCUGGGCAAGGAGACCUUCCUCAUGCAUUGGCCGGCAAGUGGAGACAUGGAAAAGAAGGAAUUACUGGGCCAGCUGGAGGGAUUUUCAGAAUACAUGAGCACCCACGGCUGCAAGUCCUGAGACCCCGAGGCCUCUGCUGCUCUCCGGGUUGUCUCCAAGCAGGCCCAGGCCACUGGGCUUAACCCCAGAUAAAGAGUGUGGAACAUCACGCCCAAGCUCCAGCCAUUUGUUCCUGUUCCGACGUUCGGCAGAGCCCUGCACAGCCUACCCAGGAAGUGCCUGCACCUGCUCCCUUCCUCUCUCCUACCCCAUUCCAAUCACACUGGCCUCAUGGGUGUCUUUUCAACACCCAAGCCAACUCAUACCUCAGGACCUUUGCACUCACAGUCCCUUCCAGGAGGUACCCCUUUCUUCCAGAUAUCUGCAUAACUUGAACCCUUCCCUUAUUUGGAGGAGGUGUUUAAAUGUCACCUCCUCAAAUAUACUUGCUUUAAUUAUUUAGCUAAAAGAGACCCCCUCCCAUCACUCUCUCUUUCCUUACUGUUUUAUUUCCUCAAUAACACUUAAAAAUAUAUUAUAUGUGCUAUCUA